AUGGCUUCCGGGCCCUCUCAAAUCGAUGAAGUUGGCGAUCAACUGCCUGCGGAAGCUGCACCAGCUUACAACGAAGUGACAGGAACUCUUGACGUCAAUCAAGCUGGGCUGAGUGUCCAGACUCAAGUAGGAAAUGAUGGGCGGGUGGAAAUACACAUCGACGAAACUGAUAAACCCCUCGUCGAACAACUCGAACAAAUACAAUUAGCCUCCCAACCUGAGCCUGGCACCCCACCAAACCCCUCAAACCCUCCUUCAUACUUGCCUAGCAGAUCAAGCAAAGCCCCUCCUCCUCUCAAUAUCGUCAUUCAUGUGGUUGGCUCAAGAGGAGAUGUCCAGCCAUUCGUUGCGCUCGGUCGAGUGCUCAAGAAUGACUAUGGCCAUCGAGUCCGCUUAGCUACUCAUGGGACAUUCAAGAAGUUCGUCGAGGAAAAUGGCUUGGAAUUCUUUGAUAUUGGUGGUGACCCGGCAGAAUUGAUGGCCUUCAUGGUCAAGAAUCCAGGCCUAAUUCCAGGAAUGAAGUCAUUAAAAGAAGGAGAUGUUGGCAAGAGACGCAAGGCCAUGAUUGAAAUUAUUCAAGGCUGCUGGAGAUCUUGUGCAGAUGCUGAUGAGGUCAAAGAAGAAGAGGUUACUCACUCGGCAGUGAAACCAAACCCAUUCAUUGCGAAUGCCAUCAUCGCGAACCCACCAAGCUUUGCGCAUAUUCAUUGUGCUGAGAAACUGGGGAUACCAUUGCAUCUGAUGUUCACUAUGCCCUGGUCGCCAACACGAGAAUUCCCACAUCCUAUAGCAAACAUCAAGUCAUCGAAUGCCAGCAGAAGCAUGUCAAACGAAAUGAGCUAUACGCUGGUAGACAUGAUGACUUGGCAAGGAUUAGGGGACAUUAUCAACAAGUUCAGGACAGACACUCUUGAAUUGAGACCAAUUACACAAGCAGCAGGCAUCAGCAUGCUUCAUCGAUUGCAAAUACCAUAUACAUAUUGCUGGUCUCCAGCACUCAUUCCAAAGCCAAAGGACUGGGGCCCAUAUAUCGAUAUCUCGGGCUUCUACUUUCUCUCCCUUGCAACAAACUAUCAACCCGAUCCCGAGCUUGCGGAGUUCCUGGCCUCAGGUCCCCCACCUGUCUAUAUCGGCUUUGGCUCGAUUGUCGUCGCUGACCCUGAAGCUAUGACCAAUUUGAUCUUCGAAGCUGUCAAGAAAACAGGACAGAGAGCGUUAGUGUCGAAAGGUUGGGGUGGCCUCGGCGGCGAUCAACUCGAGAAGCCAGAAGGAGUUUUCAUGUUGGGCAACUGCCCACAUGACUGGCUUUUCCAACACGUUUCCUGCGUUGUCCAUCACGGCGGAGCAGGUACAACAGCAGCUGGCAUUGCACUCGGAAGACCUACUGUCAUCGUUCCUUUCUUUGGUGACCAGCCAUUCUGGGGAGCAAUGGUAGCACGUGCAGGCGCUGGACCAUCACCAAUUCCAUUCAAGGAACUCACAGCACAAGGGCUUGCGGAUGCGAUACUCCAUGCUCUGAAGCCCGAGACUCUUGACCGAGCCAAGGAGCUUGGAGACCGCAUUCGCGAAGAAAAGGGUUGUGAAGCGGGGGCGGCAAGUUUCCACGCCCAGAUGGACGUAGACAGAAUGCGGUGUAUGAUGGCACCUAAUAGACCCGCGGUUUGGUUCUUGCAGACAAUGACCGGAGGUGUAUGUCUCAGUGCAUUUGCUGCAACGGUUCUAGGCAACGAAGGAAUAUUGGAUCUGAAUACGCUCGUGCUUUAUCGGCCAUAUGAGUACGCUGUGGAAGAGUCAGUCGCGGUCUCCAAUCUCAACAGCGCGAAUCCUGUGCUCAGCACUUUGGGAUCUUUUGCCUCUGGUAUUGUUCAUAUACCAAUCAACAUUGGAAAAGCCUGGGGAGGUGUCGUAUACCAACCAUACAAGGGUGCUAGGAAAGACGGCUGGAAAGGCCUUGGCAAAGGUUUGGGUAAAGGCGUUGCAGGAGUUUUUCUCCACAAGAGGGGCCUCUUUCAGUACGGCGGCAAGACAUACGGUCUACGUUCUCUAUACGAAUCCAUCAAGAAGCGGAUGGGUGGAGGUACGCUUACCUUUAUUCUUGCGGCACAUUUUGCGCAGGGCUUCGAGGAAGCAAGUAAGGCAAGUGAGGAUGAACAGUCAGAUGUACUGGCAAGGUGGCAGGAAUUGGCGCCAGAGUUGAAGAAGAACAAAACUGGAUCGAGCACAGCGAGUUCGGGGAUGAGCCCGACAAGUACACGAACGUCAGCGAGCACUUCGACGACGACUAGUGAGCCUCCUGGACCGAGUAUAUUAAGACGGUGA